UUCAUACCAUUUGUUUUGUUUUCUUCUAUUGUUGAACUGCGCGAUUACGCAUCAGAUUUAAUUAAUAGAUUUAUAAAAAAAUACUACGCUACCUCUCCUGGGCAGAGCACACAGAUAGAUUCCGGACAAAAUGUUCUCAUUUUUUACAAAAAAGUCUCAAAACUCUGAUUCUCCGGUCAUUAUUCAAGGUCCUUCAACAUCAACGACUACAGAUCCGCAAGGAGAUGACUUCAUAUUUGUAGAGAAAAAAGGUGACCGCCAGCCCGAUGGGCCUGGCCAACCUCAAAGGCCAAUGUAUCCACCAAUGCCAGCAGGACCAUAUGGAGCACCAUAUCCCAGAUAUCCAUACGGGCCACCACCAGGAGGUCAUCAUGGUGUACCGCCCCAAAAUGGAAGUACAACGACUACUUCACAUCCUGUACCUUAUGUUCAAGAUGUGCCAUUUGUUCUAGCGCCACAAUUAUGCACAAAAACCACGUUCGACAGUACACAAACACAGGUUGAUGGUAUUUUGGCUUUCCUAACAAGACAAAUGUCUGUCGAUGGACUGGAGGAAUACAACUUCACCUUGGAACAGAAUGUUCUACAAAAUGAGUGAUACUAGUAUUUAGACAUUGUUUAUGUGACUUGGUGAUGAUAAUACGUUUUGCUCGCUUUUCCUUUCUUUUGUAUGAUUUAACAACCACUGCUUUGAAUGUACGACUAAAGAUACAUAGUCUUAAUACAUGUUAAAAAUUAAAUAGAAAUAAGUACAAAACUGAAAAAUUGUUUUCUAUAGAUUUAUUAUAAAGUUGAAAACAUCUUUUAAGACCAUAGUAUUUAGGUGGGAAAAAAAGAAAACAAUGGACUGCUUACUACUAAGCAAAGUUUUCAACCCAAUAUUUAGUUGAUGAAGGGGCGUACAAAGUCUUGACUCUUUCACUUUCUAUUCUUGAAAUCUGGUGAGGCAUUAAAAUCUGUAGGUGCCAACUACUUAAUAAAAUGCAUCCUAGAACAUUAA